AUGCGCUGCGCAUCCCUCUGGGCGCUGCUCGGCGCCGCGCGGGGCUGGGCGCCGCACCCACGCAUCGCGACGGGCCCCGUCCCGCGCCCGCGCGGUGCGCCGCGGCGAGCCGUCGACUUCCGCCUCGCUGAGGACGACGCGGCCCCGAUCGCGCUGCGCUGCACGAAGACGGGUAGGACCAUAGACUGCUUCCCCGGCUGCUUCAUGCGGCUCGAGGACGAGGGCGAGUGGUACGUCGUGGCGACGCCCUGCGACCAACCUGUUGCUUUUGCGCCCUCGAUCGACGACGACGAGGACGACGACUGGGUCAUCAUCCAGGACGACGACCCGCGCAUGGACGCGGUCUUCGCCGUGGCCGAGCGGGCCGUGGGGGAAGAAUUAGAGGACUGCGCGAUGGUGCGGUCGGCGCUCUUCCCAACCCUCAGAGGGGAUUUGGACGACCAGCUCGAGGACGACGACGACGACGACGUGGACGACGACGAGUUCGCGCGGCUCGACGAGGAGGGCGAGGAGGACGACGCGGUGCUGAGCCUGCUCGCGACGUUCGACGUGCCCGAGCUCGGGCACGCGUACGACAUGAUGCGCAUCGAGGAGCUCUACCAGCUCAUCGCGAGAAGGGGAGACGCCGACGACUGUUUGGUGUACGACAUCCUCGACGAGGCCGAGUCCGAGGUCAUCCGGCCGCGCGUCGCGGCGGCGCUCGACGAGUUCCAGGACGACGACGGCGGCGACGACGACGACGCGAGCUAGUUUGUAAAACGCGUCGUUCGUCUGAUCUAGUUGCUGACGCCUCCCUGUAGACUGAGAGAGAUUUGGGACGCCCGGGUUUUUCAGCGGCCAUGCCCUUGAGGGAUACAGAUUCGGUUUUCUGUAACGCUGAGUGGGACGAGGCAAUAGCGUGCUACAUGGGUCUGGUGAGCCCGGCGUGUAAGGGGCAUGCAGCCCGGGGGGUCGUGCUGGAUGUCACAGGCGCUCCGGGGCUGGACCCGUACGGCGAUGAGCUAGGCUAGCGUCCACAAAACCGAGUAACUAGUAUAUAUAUUGCAACUCGCUCGCGCCGCAAUCGGAAGAGUGCGUGCGUCCGUCGGCAAUUCCUGGCGGCCAGGCGGCUCUGCUGCCACGCGGAGCUUCUGAUCUCCGCCCGACGAGCCUUGAAUUUUAAGUAACACCAAGCUCUAAAUUUAGCUGCUCUGUGUGCCGCGGGAAAUCAUGACCUCGUCGCGCGGGACGACUGCCUACGGUGCUAUUAUGCUCGCGUUCCCCUGUGUGGAUAUCAAUCGGUAGUCCGCGUGAGUCGGCGUGACCGACCCGACGGGUGGACGCAUCUGUGAUUUGACCUCCGCACGCAGGCGCUGACCCUCGUCAUCAUGGCCGCGAUCGUGGGCCUGUUAGUAUUGAUGGUUUAUCUGUGUACGAACAUCGCCUACAAGUUCAUCCCGGACAAGGCCAAGAAGAAUGUCAAGCGCAUGUUCACGCGCAAGAAGGACGGCGCGGCCGCCGACGACGACUCUGGAGCGGGCAUCAAACGGGGGCGCUCCGUCGUCGAGGCCGGCCUGAGCUUCCGCGACACCGUGCUGGACUUCUUCUUCCUCCGCGAGCCGCAGUGCAAAAUACCGAAUUAUACGGCGCCUUCGAUUUUUCGACGUCAUCGAUGGCCUUCGCCGCAGUGCGACAGUCACUCCUACUCCCGUGCAGGCCGUCUACGUUCUGUAUAGCGAGUUCCUCAAUUUCUUCGUGUGGUUCAUCAAAUUCCUGCCGUUGUUUAUUAUUCUCUUUCCCAUUCAUAAAGCGAUGUGGUUUGAGGAGAAGGACUUCGACGGCCCCAUCCCGGCGGGCGCCGGCGCGGGCGGCAACCUCUUCGACUACCUGCUCUGCCGCAAGUCGUGCCGCUACUACCACUACGUCAAGGACGACCGCCCGCGCUGCGUGCAGCCGGAGACGCACAACAUCUCCCGGCCGUCGAUCCGGAACAUCGUGGACGUGUUCCACGCCGAGGGAUUCUCGACGAUGCGGCGCUUCGACUCGACCUUCGGCACGACGGACCCCCACGAGGCGUUUAAGCCGCCCGUGGACGACGCCGCCGACGCUCCGGCGGAGCCCGAAACGGAGCGCGAGGGGACCGGCGACGCUGUCGACGACGAGGCGUCAUCGGACCCAUAG